AUGCUGUCUGAAUUUGAAGCUGAUGGUCCUGAGCUGGAUUUGGAACUAGAUUACCCACUCAGAAUCGUUCUUGUCACCGAUGACCCCAAAUCAAAAGAGUCGGAAAUGGAGGAAAUUCUCAUGGACAAAAUCACAACUUUCCGUUUGAUGCAUGCAUUUUUCGAUGCGUUGGAUGAAAACGUUGCAAUUCCGAAUGAGGGACAUAUCAAGUAUGAAGUUGGUAGUGAUGGUCUAGUUGUUAUCAUAGUUGACAGCACGAAAUUGAAGGAUGACGUGGUGAAGUUUGUCGAAGAAUAUGAUCAAAAGUUGGAAGUACGAGGAAGUGUGGAAGAACAAGAAGAGGAGGAGGAGGAGGAGGAGGAGGAAGAAGAGAAGCAUGUCAAGUCCAAAAAGAAAAAGACCAAGAGCACGUGA